GUUCCUCGUGAGUAUAAGGGAGUCUCAAACGUCCAUCUGCCGAAGAGUUACUUUCUGACCCAUGGCUCCCGUGUUCGAUCGGAGAGUUUUAUCAAUCUACGCGAGGUGUCAUCUCGAUUCAAGCUGCCCCCUGGAGAAUAUCUCGUGGUACCAUCCACAUUUGAGCCUCACAAAGAUGGAGAUUUGCAGUGAGGGUCUUUUCGGAGAAUCGAUCCCAUACACAGCCGUUGGAUAUUGACGAGGUCCGGGCUGUAUUUGAUGAUGAGGUGCCAGUCUCUGAGAGUGAUAUCCCAGCAAAUUUCCGCACCCUGUUUGAGAAACUCGCUGGGCCGGAAAGAGAAAUUUCUGUAUUUGCUCUUCAGAGAAUAUUAAACAAAGUGGUGUCCAGUCGUUCUGAUAUUAAAACCGACGGGUUUGGCCUGGAGACCUGCCGAAACAUGGUGAACCUGAUGGAUAUGGAUGGAAACGGGAAGCUGGGUUUAGUGGAGUUUAAGAAACUGUGGGACAGGGUUCAGAAAUACCUGAAAGUCUACAAGAAGAAUGAUCUCGACCAGUCAGGCACCAUGAGCUCCAGUGAGAUGCGCGUUGCUGUUGAGGAAGCUGGUUUCCACUUAAACAACCAGCUGACCCAGAUCAUCGUGGCCCGGUAUUCCGACCUGGAUAACCUCACCCUCGAUUUCGACAACUUUGUUUCUUGUCUCGUUCGCCUUGAGGCUGUCUUCAAAAUGUUUAACACUCUGCCCAAGGAUGGAAAUGGCCUUAUCCAGCUGGGAAUGCUGCAGUGGCUAACCUUGGUCCUGGGCUGACGCUGCGGGACUGGCCGUGGAUCGGGAUGAGCUGUUCCUGUCAGGAGAGUGAUCCGUUGAGUCUCCGUUCUGUCUGAGGCAUACACCCUGAUGUUUCUGGGUGGUUCUGUGUUUGGGAUCUUGUUCUUCUGCCCUGCCUCAGGGUUGCUUGCUUGUCUAUCGGUGGGCUGCGUAGUCACUGCCCUGUGCUCUGAUCAAGGAGGGUGCAUUUACUCUCUCUCUGCUGCCUAAUCCUCAGUAUGGCUUUUGGGAGGGGGUGGAUGGGACAUCCAUGCUCUGUCACUUUGCAAAGAUCUUGUAUUUCUGAGUGAAUAAAAAUGGGUUGUAAAAUCCGA